CUCAUUUGAGUGCUGCACAACAUGGAGGACGGGUAAUUGUUUGUAAAAUUGCAGUAGUGACAAUGACAGCAGGGAAUAGGGACCCGUGUUAAUAUUAGAACAUGAAGGUGAGGGGCUUCAGUUGAAGGCAAUCUGAAAUCCAUAAGGGAGGAUGUUGUGUGUCCAGCUGCGCCUGUGGCUUCAGCCUGGGACUCGAGUUUGUGCUGUUACCUGGCAGAGCAUCCAUAAGCUUGCCUCACUCCAGAAGGCCACAGCACUUCCCCAAAAGAAGAUGCAAAGCUUACUUUACCCCUUUAGCAGCCUACAGGGUUAUCUGGACAGGUCUGUGGACAAAUCACAGUUCCAGCUCUUUCAUCCAAGUUUGGAGGACAUGGUGGAAGCAGAGAAGCUCUUCUGCUCUUCGCCUUCUCACAAGAUAGAUUACUAUACUUCUGCAGAGAGGAUGGACCAUGCACCUGCACUCAAACAACCAGAGGUGUGUUUCAUCGGCAGAAGCAAUGUGGGCAAGUCGUCUCUCAUCAAAGCUCUGUUUUCCCUGACUCCUGAGGUCGAAGUCAGAGUCUCCAAAACUCCAGGUCACACAAAGAAGAUGAACUUCUUCAGAGUGGGCAAAGCAUUCACCAUUGUGGACAUGCCAGGCUAUGGGCACAAUGCACCAAAGGACUUUGUAGAUAUGGUGGAGCCUUAUCUUUACAUGAGGAAAAAUCUGGUGAGGACAUUCCUGUUGGUUGAUGGCAGUGUUGGUUUGCAGAAGGCUGACCUGAUCGCCCUGGAGAUGUGCGAGGAGAUGAAGUGUCCAUAUGUGAUGGUGGUGACUAAGAUUGACAAAUGUGGACAUGGAACGCUGCUGACAAACUUAAUCAGUCUACAGGAUGUGGUUAAAACCCAGACCACAAACUGCUUCCCCCAACCGUUUCUGAUCAGCUCCCUGAAUUUUGGGGGGGUCUACUUCCUGAGAUGCUUCAUUGCCCAUGUAACAGGGAGCAUCAGAUUAAAGGACACCUGUCAAAGCUGAUGGGAGGCCAGCUCAUGUGGAAAUAGGACUUGACAAAGGUUUGUCCUUUAUCACCGUGUCUUGAAUGUUUCUACAAAAACAGAGACUGUCGGAUUGCUGCACCAUAUAUCUGGAGACUUAUAUUUUAUAAUAAAAUGUGAUGAACUUCUUUGUUGGUUUGGUUGGUUUUCCUUUUACUGUAGUUAAAGAUUAUGUUUAAAAAAAUUGCAGAAUAAUGCAGAGGCAGGAGGUUUAGGGGUUCCAAACUUCUUGUUGUGUCAUUAUGCAUUUUGCCUGCGUCAUCGAGCUUAUUGGGCCCUUCCACCAGAACGAGCUCCACCCUGGUAUGAACUUGAAGCUCAUGUAUGUCCCACACUACCACUGGUCUCUUACUUGUCUGCUUCCUUACCUGGAAAUGCUCGUACACACCCCAUUUUAACUUGUCUUAAAACAGUAUGGCAGAAAGUUGCAAAAAUACUAAACUUCGACUAUUUAAAAUGUAUGUCGUCGAGCAUAUGGUAUAAUCCUUCUUUGUGCAUUGGUAAGACAUCCUUUUGUUGGGGGGGAAUGGGUGAAAAAAGGUAUACAAACCCUUGGUGAUCUCUUUAAAGAUGAUCAGUUGAAAUCAUUCAAUGAGUUAACGGAUGAAUUUAAACUUCAUAAGCAUCAAUACUGGCAUUAUGCACAAAUUUAUAAUUUACUAAAAUCAAUUUUUAAAAACCAGGUUCUCCCACAGAAGGAUGUAUUACCCUCAUUAAUUUUAUCUUGUUUGGGCAAAGGGCAUGAAGUGUCAUUCUAUUACUCACUUCUACUGAAGAAUGUUAGCUCUACUAGUGCUCUUAAAAACGCAUGGGAACAUGAUUUAAAAAGCUCUUUCACAGAUAAGCAAUGGAGUGACAUAUUAAGCAGUCUUAAAGGUAUGUCACAAAAUAUGAGGACAAGACUAACUCAGUUUAAAAUUAUUAAUAGAGUAUACUGGACACCAUCUAAAAUGUAUCAUUUAAAACUUAAAGAUGACCCUUCAUGCUGGAAAUGCACAGAGAAUGGUACACUAAUUCAUGUGUUAUGGUAUUGUUCCAAAGUGCAAGAUUUUUGGAAUGCUGUACAUGAAUCCUUGAACUCCAUUAUUAAGUUUAAUAUUCCUUUCUCUGCUCAUUUGUUUAUUCUGGGAGACCUGUCAAUGCUCAAGGGACUCACUUCUAAAAACAGCCUUGAAUUUGUUCAGACUGCAUUAAUGGUUGGAAGGAAGUUGCAAGUACAACAGUGGAAAUCUAAAUUUACACCAUCAAUUUCAGACUGGUACAGCUCAUUAUCCAUGGUUGCUGCCUAUGAGCAUAUUUCUCCCCUCUACAGUGGAGGAACACAUACAUUGAAAUGGGAUGCCUUCCUACAGCAUAUAUAUGGAAACUAAAUAUGUAACCUUAUAUGAUUUUUUUUCCUUUCUUGUCUUGUCCCUUGUUUUUAUGUUUUGUCAUUUAAUGUUGUAAUGUAUUGUUGUAUUGUUUGUUGUUUCUGUUGUAUCUAUUUAUUGUUGAUUUAGUUUAUUUUUUUGAACAUGUAUAAAACAAAAUAAAAAAUUACAAGUAUCAAAAAAAAUAAAAUGUGAUGAACUUC